GGCCGUACUCGUAAAGCAGCAGAAAAUAACCCUGAACGCUGGAAGUAAAAUAUUUCAGGUCAGUCGUGUUGUGCGUCUCACAGUGCUAACUAGUGACAUCAAACAUGGUUCUGGACACAGAAGACUGGGCUGAUGAGCUCCCCCCAGAACAAAUUGCCGUCCUCCGUAAGGCCUUUGACGGCUUUGACCACAACCGCUCAGGAAGUAUCCCCUGUGACUUCGUUGCCGAUAUCCUGCGCAUGAUGGGUCAACCGUUCAACAAGAAAAUUCUGGAAGAACUCAUUGAAGAAGUCGACGCUGACAAAUCCGGCCGUCUUGAAUUCGGUGAAUUCGUAACGCUCGCUGCCAAGUUUAUCGUAGAGGAAGACGCUGAAGCUAUGCAGAAAGAGCUCAGAGAAGCAUUUAGGUUAUACGACAAGGAAGGCAACGGUUACAUUCCCACCUCGAGCUUGCGUGAAAUCCUUCGUGAGUUGGAUGAGCAGUUGACAGACGAAGAGCUCGACGGACUCAUCCAGGAAAUUGACACGGAUGGCAGCGGAACAGUGGACUUCGAUGAAUUCAUGGAGAUGAUGACCGGAGAAUAAACAUAAUGAAUCCAAAGCUUUUUUAAUAUUAUUUAAAAUACUUUAAGUGUAUACUAUAAUUUAAUUUUCGGUACUUCAACCUUUCGAAUCUAGGAAACAUCGAACAGUAAAAAAACUUCAAUCCAUCAAUUAGAAGAAAUUCACAUAAGUAAUAUGUAUGUUAAUGUACAAAUCCAUAUUAAUUUACUCUCGUUUAAUUGAUGUGUGUGGCUGCGUAAUGUUUAUAUCUACUUUUUAAUAAAUCUUUUAAUACAUAA